GUCCAUAAUUGCACCCGCCUCUUCUGCACCUAUACAAGCCCCCCAGCCGUUGGCCCAUCUCUACGCCGGAGCCCCCAUGUCCACCAGCAGCCGCUUUGCGUCGCCGGACAGAGUCGAGCUCGUCGCGCUCACACCACGCCAGCUGCCGCCCACGUCCGACGGCUCGCCUUUCCACGACCGGCAUUCAGUGGCUACGCCUGUGGCCAGUAUGGCGGAGGAAAGCGACGGGCUGUCGGGCUACGGCUAUGGAAGGAGCCGCCAAAAGACAGCGCCAGGCUACCAGUUCGCCAACCCUUCUCCCGCUGGCCUAGACGAAAAACGCGGCCAGCCAGUCUCUUUUGGCCCAAUGCUGGACGAAAUCACGCCUCCGUCACAAUGGAGAAGGUCAUUAUACCCAGCUGAUGCGCCGCCCAUCCCGGCUUCAACGUUUGAGCGGCACCUCGGCCUCGUCCCUCUUCCAACAUCCCCGGCCACGUCCCAUCGCAUCAUGCCAGUUUCUGAGCCUAUUAAACCCAGGUUCCGUCGGCUCUUUGUCUUCACCACCACCAGAGACUAUAUCUUGCUUCUCUGCCCAGCGGUUGUGCUUUCCAUUCUCUCGGCACUCAUCCAGCCCUACAUGUCCAUCGUGAUCGGUAACGCCUUCGCCAUCUUUGCAGCCUAUCCCCUGAAUACCUCGCUCGCUACCGAUGCCGACCGUGCUGCCCUCCGCAGUGGUGUCGCCAGCACGUCUAUACAACUGACAGUCGCCGGCGUGCUUGCCUUGCUCUUCAACUACUUGAAAGGGGUCAUGUGGACGAGAUACGGCGAGACAGUGGCAGAUAGAUUAAGAGCCAAGGUCUAUCAUGGUGUGCAGGGUAAGCCUAUGGAGUGGUAUGAUAUGGGCAUGGGUAUGAGAGAAGAAGAGCAAGGAGAGGGAAAGGAGAAUGACACCGUAGGCGCUGGUGGCUUAAUGUCAAAGUUCAACAGGGAGACCGAUGAUGUUAGGAUGGCCACUUCCCACGCCUUUGGAUUAGUGGUUCAAAACACAUUCACUUUCGUCCUGUGCUUCAUCCUUGCUAUCAUUGAAUCGCCAUCUUUGGCUUUCGUUACCCUCUCCACCAUUCCCCUUGUCGUCCUUACCCAAGUCGUUACCCAGAUCCUUUGCGCGCCUCUGUUGGCUACCGAACGACGCGUGCUUGCCGAGGCCUCCACCAACGUCGAGCGUGCCACCGCUGCAAUUUCUACAGUCAAAGUACACAACGCUCAAGCAGCCGAAGAAAACAGGUUCAUGCACUCGGUGAGCAAGAGCAAAGGUAAUUUGAUCAAACAAGGAUUGGUGUGGGGCGUAUCCGCAGGCUUGACAGACUUUUUCUUGCUCGGAACGUUUGUGCUCGGAUUCUGGUAUGGCGCCAAAAUCAUUCGGGAAGGCAAGGCCACAUCAGGAGCCGUCAUGACAUGCUUCUGGGCUUGUCUCUUUGCCGCCACGUACCUUCAGCAGGUUGUCCCCCAGCUCACCAUAAUGACCAAGGGCAAAAACUCGAUCGCUUCGCUAUUGACAGUCAUUCAAGCUAACCCUUCCAGACCCAUAUCUGGCAACCCAUUCUCCCCUACAAACUCUCCAAUUGAUAGUAGCUUCUCUCCUGCGGUUAAUACAUUGAACCCCAAGCGUGUUUCCCGCCCUCUUGCUCUCCAAGGGGUUCGACCUUCUCGAUGCCAUGGAGAGUUCAAUUUCAACCACAUCUCAUUUGCCUAUCCAUCUCGCCCGGAAAAUCCUGUACUUUGUGAUAUCUCCCUUUUCAUUCCGCCUGGGGAAACAACCUUUAUCGUGGGCGGUUCAGGCUCUGGCAAGUCCACCAUUGCUCAGCUACUCCUCCGACUAUACGACCCCACGUCAGGAGAGAUUACUAUGGAUAACCAAUCUUUCCCCUUCUUGAACGGUCAUUUCACAAGAGAAAAUAUCGCUGCUGUACAGCAAGGCUGUAUUCUUUUCGAUAUGUCGGUGCAUGACAAUGUCGCUAUGGGGCUUGCUGGCGCUGGUGCCGAUCCCAAGACAGGCGUGAAAAGGGCACCAGAGGACGUGACCCGUGAACAAGUUGUAGAGGCUUGUAAAAUGGCGAUGAUUCAUGAUUUCGUGGUGAGCUUGCCCGACGGUUAUGAUACCAUCUUGGGAACCGGUGGGUCGAGUUUGAGUGGAGGACAGAGACAGCGAUUGGCGAUUGCGCGGGCGAGAAUCAGAAACCCGACCGUCCUCAUCCUUGAUGAAGCGACAUCGGCUUUGGAUGCCACUUCUAGGGUGCUUGUCUUCCAAAAUCUCAAGGCGUGGCGCAAUAACCGGACCACCAUCGUCAUCACCCACGACCUUUCACAGAUCGUUUCCGACGACUUUGUCUACGUCAUGAAAAACGGCGUCGUCGCCGAGCAAGGAUUUCGUCUUGAUCUCAUGAAGAAACCAAACGGCACGUUUGCCCAUAUGGCGGCGGAACAAGCCGUCAAUCCUUUGCCGGCCAAGGAGGUCGCGUCUGACGCAGAGUGGCAUGAUGCGCUCAACACACUCCUCGACAUGGAGGAAGAUUAUGAAGAGGUGCUCGACAGCAGGGUCAGAUCUCACACUCCUUCAUUUCUUGGGAUGCAGAGAAAUAGUGCAGUCUAUCUCGAUAUCCUUGACGAGUACUCCAGGAGUCAGCGCCUUUCUCAAGUCGACCGCCGACAGUCUCGUACUAGCUUGACACCCGCUCAGAAGCGUCUAUCAUGGACUCCUGAGCAGCUGGGCAGUCGUGCCCCUAGCAGACAGAGUAUAACCGCUCCGAUCAGUCGCCCUCCGUCUAGCCAGAUGAGUCGACCCGUGAGCAGGUUAAGCGUCGUCGUCGAUUCAAAUUCGAGGCUAAGCUUGAGGACCAUGAUGGCGGAGAGCCGAGGACAAGAUGGAAGAAUGCUUCAUCCGGGCUGGAUGGAAAAAAAUUCAUCCUCAAGGAUAAGCGCAAUUAGGCAAAGGCAGCAAAGAACACUCUCUGAGAAUCUAGAAGACGACUUGAAAGGCCUGCCUUCCGAUGUCAACCUUUCCGACAGCGUUCUUGUUGAAGAGGUCUCCACAGGCUCAGCCACUAUGCCACCGGUUCCAGGCUUAUCUUCUCUCAUCAAACUCUAUUUCCCAACACUUCCAGCUAAGCCACUUCUCCUGCUUGGCUGUAUAGGUUCUAUCGGUCACGGAGCGACAACUCCCAUCUGGUCAUUCUUCCUUUCCAAGCUGAUGACUAUCGUUGGAGCAGGUGGUGCUGAUACCACCUCUCUCACCAAAUACGGUCUCAUAGUCCUCGGCUUGUGUGCCGCACAAGGGCUGUCGAACUGUGUUCAGGAAUAUGCCCUUGUUGGACUCUCUGCUAGAUGGACCCAUAUGGUACGCGGGGUCGCCAUGCAUAAGCUCAUCACGCAAGACAAGGCAUUCUUUGAUCUUUCAUCCAACUCGCCCUCUCGACUGGUCCAGAUCCUCAUCAAAGAUGCCGACGACGCGAGAACCAUUAUGAGUCAAGUAAUCGGUAGGGCGGUGACUGUGGUGACCAUGAUCGGUUUGGGUUUGAUUUGGGCAAUGGCUGUGGAAUGGAGGUUGACUCUGAUAGGCUUGGCCUUGGGUCCAAUUUUCGGCGGAUUCAUGGCGGUUAACUCAUGGUUCAUUGGUAACGUCGAGCUGGCUUGCAAAGUUGCAAGAGAGGAGGUGGGAAGAGUGUUCUAUGAAAGUGUAGCCAACGUCAGGGGGAUCCGAGCGAUGGCGCUCGACAGUGCUUUUGAAAAAAGGUUCGAGGAGGAUGCUAGUAAUGCUAGGAAGACCGGUACACGUUCGGCAUGGGCUAUGGCCAUGGGUGGAGCGAUUGCAGGAGGAUUGCCUUUGUUUGCUCAAGCUCUCAUGAACUUUGCCGGUUCAGCUUUUAUGCUCCAAGGGCGCAUGAACUACGAGCAGAUGUUACAAGUAUAUAACCUUGUACUGUUCAGCCUAACUUUUGGCAGUGGUAUGCUUGAUUUUAUCCCUACCAUGGCCAAAGCUCGAGCAGCUGCUCGGGACUUUAACCGCAUAUAUCAGCUAUGCGAAUCCACCACCGAAUCAAUCGGUUCACUUCGCUUUCCCAUCAAUGGUCACGUCGAGUUCUCUCAUGUCAAUUUCUCAUACCCCUCGAGGCCUGAUGUUCCCAUUCUUAAAGACGUGUCAUUUACGUUCAAACCCGGAGAGUGCGUUGCAGUCGUCGGUCCUUCCGGCUCCGGUAAAUCGACUAUCGCAGCUCUUCUGCAAAGGCUAUAUGUGCCAGAUGGUGGCGACAUUCGCUUGGGCGAUCGUAGCCUGAGGGAAGCGGAUGUUGUAUGGCUACGGAAUCAUGUUGCUGUUGUAUCGCAGUCGGCCAAUCUCUUUGAUGCCACCAUCGCCGAAAACAUUGCCUAUGGAUCACCCAAUUUGCCCCUUUCCGAGAUCUACAGAGCUGCCGAAGCUGCCAAUAUCCACGACUUCAUUCAGAGUCUACCGCAGGGCUAUGAAACGAAUCUCGGAGAAAACGCCAGUUUGAUCUCCGGCGGGCAAGCUCAAAGGCUGCAAAUUGCGAGGGCGUUAUGUAGAACAAGCAGGGUCCUCAUCUUAGACGAAUGUACCAGCGCAUUGGAUCCCGACAACGCUAGGGCUGUAUUGGACACGAUUGUCAAGAUCAAACAGGACCGUACAACAAUCUUCAUCACCCAUUCAGUCGAGGCCAUGAAACGCUGCGAUAGAAUCAUUUGCCUCGGAGAAGGUAGAGUACAGGAGGAAGGGUCAUUUGAAGAACUCGUUAGGAAGGGAGGGGUAUUUGCUCAGCUGAUGAAGACGGGAGAAUGGGAGUAAAUUAUACAGGUUGCUCUUGCGUUAAUGUUGUACAGCGAUAUGAAAAUCUCCUAGAUGUAACUGGC